UUUAUUUUUUUCAUUUUUCAAAAACCACCUCUUUAUCAAAUAGAUACGGGAAACCCCAACCAUACCUCUAAAAAACCAUAAAUUACAAAAUACUCAUUUAUUGCAAGCUUAUAUAUAGGAAAAUCUAUGUUUCUCUUUCCUCUCUUUCCAUAUCACACCGCGGCAAAGAACCCUAGGUCGCCAAGGAGCGGCGGCGAGAAGGCAAUGUGGUAGAUGGGCUGGUUGAAACCGGUGGAAAAAUUCGAUCUUUUUGGUUUUUUUUGUUGAAUUUCUGGGUGGUUCUUGCGUCUCGGUCAAUAUGGAUGACGAUGGGUUAGGUAUUCGGAAUUGGGGCUACUAUGACCAGCCCUUGAAGGGGAACCUAGGGCUGCAGCUCAUGUCCUCGGUGCCGGAGCGUGAUACGAAGCCCUUGCUAUCCAACGGGGGGUUCCUCCAUCGGGACUGCGGUAUCCCGGAGCCGUCGGUCCCGGUGGACUUUGUGAGGGAUGGGUGGAUCCACCAUAAUAGGGACAACAAGAUCCUCCAUAUGUUGCCGAUGAACCACCACCAACCCAAUUACGGCAUGCUUCCUGAUCCACCCAGCACCCACACCCUUCAAAUGCUGCAGCCGCCUGAGCCACCCAGGGAUGACAAGGUCCUCAUGAUGGAGGACCCUGGAGGCAGAAAUGAGACUUCUUUGAAGAAGAGAUCCCAGGGGCGCCCACACAAAUCCCCGAAGCCAAAGAAGCCAAAGAAAGUUGCCGAGGCCACCAAUGGUUCAGUCUCGCAUGGGAAGGCUGGGAAGAAGAGCACUGGGUUGGUUAUUAAUGGAAUUGAUCUGGACAUCUCAGGUAUUCCUACUCCAGUAUGCUCCUGCACAGGCACACCGCAACAGUGCUACAGGUGGGGCGUUGGAGGGUGGCAAUCAGCAUGCUGCACCACUAGCAUCUCAUGUUACCCUCUCCCUAUGAGCACCAAGAGGCGGGGGGCUCGCAUCGCCGGCCGGAAGAUGAGCCAGGGUGCGUUCAAGAAGGUGCUGGAGAAGCUUGCAGGGGAAGGGCAUAAUCUUUCUAAUCCAAUUGACUUGAGGACUCUCUGGGCCAAGCAUGGUACCAACAAGUUUGUGACUAUCCGGUAAACAUGUACAAUAUCCGGCUUUGUUAGGCUUCGCCGAUGCAUUUGGUCAGCUUCUCCUGUAUAUGUUUAUUUGUGUCCUUUUGCAGAGGCACUUUAAAUAGCUUGUAGCCAGUUUUCUUUAUCAGUCAUGUUUACAUGCUUUUUGAGGUUCAGAUAUUGGAGUUAUAUGGACUUGUUAAUGUCUUCCUUUCUCUUUACAACCUGUAGUUUUAAGAGAAAGAGUGCUGUCUAAUUUAGAUGGCUUUUCAAUUAAUGGAUAGAAAGUUUUCCUAA